AUGCUCAAAUUAUGGAAACAGGCUUGGAGAAGGGAAGACUCGAGCGUGAUUCGUCAACCGGAUCCUGGGCAGGACGACGACCAGAGUGUUCAUCCAAACGGAUCUGGCACUGAAGAGUCUACUUCAGCCUCUCCAUUGCCAGCAUCCGUACCAGGUGAUAUCAACUCUGUCGCUGUCUCUUCCGAGGCUGUUGUCGAAGGGCCUACAGCCACCAAACGCCACACGAGCGAUGUCUCGGAUGACACCAGUAUGGGCGAUGGGCCUGCGCCCAAGAGGUACAAACAGAGUGUGGACGUCGUGGAAGAUGCUGAUGGUGCCGAUGAUGCGCCUGAGAUCGAAGACACUAUUCGCAAUCAUCUGCCUGAGAUAUUUGGCACUGAGGAGGCUCAUGAUACAGGAGUCGCUAUCUGUUCGCCUCAAGACAUCCUGAAUGAGGCUAAAUGUGGCAAUGUGAUUGCUCUGCUGCGUAACUACCACGACGUACUCUCGUUGACACGAGACCAUUUGGAAUGGGCUCUGGGCUAUGCUAAGUCAUCUCAGACUUCUCGCAUCGCCCUAUUCCUAGUCGAAGGAGAGUCGCUCGAAACGCAGCCUCAUGUCUACGCUCGGAGUCUAGCUGCUAGCACCAACCUUCGGAUAGAAAGUUACUCUUCUUCUGGAGACGAAGACACACAAGCUUCGAACACCUGGCAAGAUGCUCUAACCCUCGAUGUUCUCGUUCUCUCUCCCAUGCACCUUCUCGAGCUCCUUCGUACCGGCAUCGUGGACCUCGCUCAGCUUCACACAAUAUACCUUCGGGAUGCCCGCCCAAUCAAGGACAACGAUUUACACCCUAUGAACCGCGUCAUGGCAGAGUUUUACAUGCCAGCCGAAGAGAACCUUCGUCCUCGAAUAGUGGCAUGCCUCCCAGAACACCUUCCAUUCGAUGCUCGUAUGCUGAAGCUGGAGCAAAUACUUUGCAGCAAAGUUUGUGGUGUUUCAGAUGACAUACGCGAAUAUAUCCUCGCGAUGCCUGAUCGACCUACAGAGCUCGUCGUCUUCUACGAGCGGGCUUCCAAGUAUUCAUACACCCUUCUAUACAGGCAAUUACGGAAUAUAGACCCAGAGGAGUCCAUCUUCCCUCGUCUGUUCUCAGCCGCACGCCACACUUUAGUCGAGGUAGGUCCGGCCGCCUCGGAUUUGGUGUGGCGCCGUGCUCUUCCGGAGAUCGAGAUGACAUCUGCUGUCAACGACGACGAUGAGGAAGAGGAUGAGAUAUUGUCUCCAGAGGCGGAAGCUGCGUUGAGAAUACGAGAUACUAUCAAGAAUUGGGUAUUUGCGAUGCCAAACCUGGAUCCGUCCUCGCGUGGGUUCAAUGUCAUGCCUAAGUUCUUAAAGCUCGUGCAUGUUUUGAGGUCUUGCCGUGCGUACGGUGACGCUUUCAGAGGCAUCGUCUUCGUGCAGAGACGUGCGGUUGCACUCGUCAUGGUGGAUCUGCUUCGCACACUUGACAUGGGAUAUCUACGUCCUCAUGCUCUGGUUGGCCAUGGAAAUUAUGGCCCUCUACAAUCAGAAACAGAAAUCGUCCAAGCUUUCGGAAUGGGAACGUACAACUUGCUCAUCGCUACAAAGUGUGGUGAGGACAUCGAUUUGCCUAGAGCAUCACUUGUCGUUCGGUAUGACUUGUUCGAAAGCCAAGUUUCCUACGGCUACAGCCGCGCACGUACUCGGGGACGUGAAAGCCACCUUGUCCAUAUGAUCCAGCGGGGCAAUGACACUCAUCGGCGGAUGUUGACUCAUCUCACGCAACUCAGUAGGCCUAUGCACUUGUGGGCCGAAAAAGUCGCGGCUGGUCCGGAGGGGGCUGUCCCACCAACGAUAUUGCACGAGACCCAUGAUCCAUACCUGUCCGACAGUGAAGAUGAAGAUGAGCCUGAUAGUUACAUCAAGGAUCCCACCACGAGCGGGAGAAUACGUCUUCAAGAUGCUACUAGCGUCAUUUACCAGGUCGCAGCGAGCGCGCGUGGAGUCACAACGGAUGCGGUCGAGUACCAGCCGCUGUUUGGGUUCGAAGAGGUCGCUACUAAUAGUGCCUAUCCGCGCGUUGUUUGCACCGUAACGCUCCCUGAAGGACCCGCUAUCAGAACGUUCCGUGGUGGUCCAUCAUCUUCGUUCUCGCAAGCUCGACGCACGGCAUGCUUCGAGACCUGUUCCGGCCUUUUUCACGCAGGUCUUCUCGACUAUCACUUUUUCCCUCAGCCUCCCCGUACUUCGUCUCCAUACCGCAGACGUCCCGACGAAUCUGAUACCCUGGAACUUGACGAGGUCGGGAGUGCUUCAUCAUUACCUCCUAAGGGUAGUGCUCAUAACAAACAGAACGGGACGCGCUGUUAUCCCCGGAAGCGUCCAGAUUUUUGGACGAACUCUCUUCAGGCAGGCCUUACCCGCCUGUACCCCACGAUCAUCUCCGUAGAAAUCAGCUCUUCAUCAUCGUCCGCCGCUGGAGCUCAUGGGCCGAUCGUGCUGUUGACUCGCUUGCCCCUUCCAAGUGUGGCGAGCUUCAAGCUGUUCAGUUCCGGAGUUCCGGCCAUAGCGCACCUUCGAAGAGGUGCCGCGAUGGAGGUCGAUGAUGCGAAGUUACAGGAUUUACAUCUUUACACCAUACGGAUAUGUCGCGCGAUCUUGAACAAACACUUUGUCGCUCCUCUGGAGAAAAUGCCCUACUUUUUCGCGCCCAUCCGCCCCUCCUGGCCUGGAUUCUCGGGGUCCGUUGAUAAUCGAUGGUACAGAGCCGAAGUCGUGAAAGAGAUUGAUUGGACUCAGGUAUCCAUCGCGGCUCGCGAUUGGGUAGUGCCAAUCCAGACAUUGUCUGAUGAUCUUCAGGACGCCAUUAUCCAGGACCGCUGGGUGGAGUUCACUCGCAGGCAUUUCGUCGUCCGAAUUCGACCGGAUCUCACUCCCAUGAGUAAACCUGUGGACAGCCCGCGGGAAGAAGGGUAUGAUAAUUUUGUCGAGUACUGCAAAGAGCAUCGCAAGAACUUCCAGGGUUUACGAAACUACGACCAACCCCUGAUAGAGGUCGGCCGGGUAGGAGUCGUCAUGAAUGUGCUGAAUCCGGUAACCAAACAGUCGACGCCGCCGACAAAACCAGACGUGAAAUAUCUCAUCCCAGAAUUGUGCUGCAAGUUUACAAUUGCUGCGAGCACGUUCCGCACUGCGCUUCUUUUACCCUCAAUUACUCGCCGUAUUGAGGAUCUUCUACUGGUGAAAGAGCUAAAUGCCAGCUUCUUUGACCAUUCCAUAUCCGAAUACCACCUUCACGCAGCGAUCUCCGCUCCGUCAGCAAGUGUCGAAUUUGACUAUGAACGCCUCGAGCUCCUCGGGGACGCAUAUCUGAAAUACUUAUCCUCGAUCUACCUUUUCGUAACCAAUCCCUCGCAACAUGAAGGCGCGCUUCACUCUGCUCGACUCCGCAUCAUCAGCAACAAAGCCUUGCUCCAUAACGCGGAUGCCGCGGGUCUGCCACCAUUUGUUCAAGCCAAAACUUUUGUUGCCAAGUUCUGGCAACCGCCGUAUUUUGAGGUUCUUCCGACCCCCCUUGCAGCGGGAAAUCGCAAAGAUGAAGCGCUUGAAGAACGGGAUCGCGAUGGAACUGGAGGUGGGGCCGCUGGUGCAACCGAUGGCCAGUAUUCUUCGUUCGUGCCUGUGACUGUUGCUGGGGUGAAAGAGGAAAGAGAUACACCGGUCGGUGGACUGCACCGAUCCAGCACGAGCGCGUCACCAAGUACGAGAGAGCAAACGUCGAGACAAAGAUCUACAUCAUACGAUACCACACUGGUUGCGCAGAAUAUCGCUCCUGCUUUGGCUAGAGAUCUUUCCAUGGAUGCCCCUGGAAGCAAACAGUCCGGAAGCGAAUUGGGAAGAGAAGUUCCCGGUGCAAAGCAGAAGCGCUUGCAGGAAGAGCAAGGUAUUCAUUGGCUGGGUGAUAAGACCGUCGCGGAUGUGGCGGAGGCUAUUGUAGGAGCAGCGUACGUCACUGGUGGGAGAGAGGCAGCGCUGAAGGCGUCGAAGGCACUCUGUAUUGCUGUCCCGCGCGUAGACCGGUGGUCUGACUUUGGAAGGAAGGCAUUGGCACCCCCGCCAGACGUUACGGCGAGAUUGAGAGCGGGCUCGAUCGAGGCUGUAGAGGCCAUCCUAGGACAUAAGUUUGAGAGACCACAUCUACUGGCGCAGGCUUUGACACAUGGCUCAAUACAGGGCUACGAGAUAACUUCUUACGAACGGCUUGAAUUUAUUGGUGAUGCGAUCCUUGACUUCAUGGUGAUCCGGCAUGUGUACGAUCGUGACACAAAACUCUCUCCUGGCGCGAUGACUCUCCUGAAGGGAGCAAUGGUAUCAAACUCCGCACUGGCUGCUGUGUGUAUCUGGGCAGGACUGGACGAGUAUCUGAUGUUUGAAGCGCCUGUAUUGGCCCACAAUAUUCGUGCCUACGCGCAGAAACUAAGAGAAAAACAGAAGGAGGAAUACGCGCUCGCCCAACAAGAAGGCAGAAGCCCGGGACAGUAUUGGCUUGAGACUGAGCCACCGAAAGCGCUUUCAGACGUUGUGGAGUCUAUCAUAGGGGCCACCUAUAUCUCCGAUAAUUUCUCACCCGUCGGCGUCGAGAAGGUAUUCGACAAGAUCCUCAAGCCGUUUUACGACAAGCACAUCACGCUUCAAACGCUCUCGCAUCACCCUACGAAGAUACUGUUCGAACUAUUCCAAGCGCAGGGAUGUUCACAAUUCGAGAUUACCAGACGGAUACAGACGGACGGCCUCCGGCAAACGGCGCGAUGUGAUGUCAUCGUACACGACGUUAUUCUCGCAAGCGCCGAGGACAAUACGUCGGCUCUAGCGGCUAAGCGCGUGUCCCUAUGUGCGCUCGACGCCCUCGAAGGAGACCCGGAGUUCAUGCGCUAUACGUGCGACUGUAGGGCACUCUCACAGGCGAAGAAAACACAGAAGAAGGCGCAAGCACAGACACAACAGGUUCAGGCGAUGUUGGUCGGGUUUAGCAAGGAAGAGGAGAAGGAGCUUAUGGCCGUGGAGAGCGCUGUGCAGCAGGAUGAUCGACUGAAGGGCCGGAGCCCCGAUCAGGACGAAGACGAAGACGAGGAUGAGAAAGAGUCGUCGUCGAGAUCGGAAAGUUGA